GCGGUAGUCGGCACCCGAUCCGAUGUCGGUAGGAGCCAUUUUCUUUAGUCAAUAUAGGUUCAGGUUGAAUCGUAAAUACUUCAUAAUAGAAGGGUCUAAAGAUUCUGUGGUUCUAGGUUGUACUUGUGGUUUACAAAACUGUUUUAACUUAUUUUUUAUAAUAGCUCCUACAGGACAGAAUAGUAUAAGUUCAUCUAAUUAGCGGUAACAGCUAGCUUAAUGUUACGUAUAUUUUAAAGUUCAGAACCGACUGUGAAAUGACGAGGUAGCCUAGUGGAUGUAAACAAGAUUGUUUUUGUUGAAUUGACACAAUAUUUUUAUUUGCUCAUGACUGUUUAACUUGAUUCAGUCAGCUAUAACAUGUUAGUCUUUGUAAUUGUAUAAUGAAAUAUUUCUUGACAACCCAACCCAAAGGAGAAGAAACUGUAUUGCCUGAUAUAUCAAAUCUUAAUUGUCCACCUAUGAAUUCAGGUUCCAAAAUUAGGAAUGGGAUGUGACAAUAUCAAAAUGUUUCAUGACUGAUUUGCUUGAUGAUGGCCAAUAAUCCAGGGCCAGUGAAUCAAACAAAUUUUAUUGUCCUUGAAAAUGCUAAACCUGAUAGUCAAGACGAUAAUGAUAAUUCCUCAACAUUAAAUUCUACCCCUCCCAAAAAGCGAAAACCAACUAGCAGAAAACAACAGAAGUAUAGAAAAGCAUGGGAAAUAUAUCCUGAAUUUCAGACGUGGCUAGACUCAGUUGAAAAUAAUGUUUAUAAGGCAAAGUGUAAGCUGUGCUGCAAGGUUCUAGUUGCUGACUUAAGUGUAUUACAGUCUCAUGCUCAGUCAUUGAAACAUAUAAAGAACGUUGAAGAGUGCACUGUCGCAAAACAGGCAUUAGAGUCAUUGAGUGCCCGUAGUAGUGGACGGCCCAGUGAGCCUCCUUCUCGAGCAUUGUUUCAAAGAGAACAUCAAUUACGAGCAAGAUUUGAGAAGCAAAAAUCAAAAGAGUUUUCUGAGGAAAUUUCCUUUGACACAUUGUCAUUAACAGAACAAACAGAAGGAUCAACCUUUACACCAGAGGGAGGUUACAUUGAACCUAUCACAAUUGACAUGUCUCAGGUUCAUCAUGUCACAACACCUAGGAAACCUGCAGAGCCUGCUUCCUUUAUGAGCAAAGCUGUUGUGACUAAGCCAGCCCCUCCAUGGAAAGCUACUGCUAUAGUCAAUGGACAUGUCACUCGUCUUGAAUUGAAUGAUUAUAAAGGACGAUACCUUAUUCUUUUCUUCUACCCUCAAGACUUCUCAGCAGUGUGCCCGACGGAACUGAUGGCUCUGAGCGACCGAGUGCUGGAAUUCCGUGCUCUCCAGACAGAGAUAGUAGCAUGCUCGGUAGAUAGUCAUCUGACACAUCUGGCAUGGGCUCGAACUCCACGAGCCGAGGGAGGUUUGGGUAACCCCAAGAUACCCCUACUAGCAGACCCUACUCACAGUAUCGCACGUGACUACGGCGUCUUGCUACCAGAUCUGGGACACACACUCAGAGCACAUUUUAUAAUCGACAGAAGAGGGGUGUUGCGGCACAUGCAAAUGAAUGACCUUGGUGUCGGGCGCAGUAUUGACGAGUUGCUGAGGAUAACCCAGGCACUACAACAUGUGGACGAGACAGAGACAGGAUGUCCUGCUGACUGGAAGCCAGGAAUGCCCAAUGUAUGAAUGUGACAGUAUACAGGACUUUUUCAACCUUACAUAGUUACUUGGUUAUGUAGACUGUUUUUGUUUUAUUUUCAUCUUUGCUACAAUUAUGAUGUGUAAAUUAAACAUUCUUUUUAACAGAGUUAA